AUGUCAAUGAUCUAUUAUUUCGUUUUUACUUCAUUUAUUUUUUCAACACUUUCUGCUAUGCCUGCACCACGUGACGUUUAUACGGCUGUUAUCUAUAAUGCACAAAAUAAAUCAAUUCAGUGUAGUGUAAUCUGGUCUCAGCCAUAUGGUCUUCAGCAAGAAAGUGCCAUAUUUACUGUCGAGAAACAUAAUUGUGAAUUAACAAAGAAAAAAACAAUUGGCAUGGGCACAUGGGAAGCACGUGGAGUAAUAAAAGAAAUUCAAUGUGACAAUCUCGUACUUAAAGCUCCAUUUUAUGGAGUUACAUCACCACAGACAAAUUGGGGAUUCCGCGUUGAACCAAAUGAAAUUGUAUCUAUGGGAUCGGGUUCAUGCAAAAAUACAAAUUAA